AAAAAAAAGUGCUCGAUGAAGAAUUAACUUUACCGGAAGAUUUUGUUUACGAAGAAGAAGGCAAAAAAAAAGUAAUUGCGGCCGAUGCUCUGCUCAAUUUAGAGCAAGUAUCCAUUAUUGUUCGUGAAACCCUAAAAAAUUUACUAGGUAAAGCCAAUUUUCGGAAAAUUAUUUUGAUGGCUGACCCAGACGAUGACGGAGCCCACAUUGUCAUUUUACUGGUAACUUUUAUUUUCAAGCAUUUACCUUAUUUAAUUGAAGGGGGGAAACUAUUUGUGGCGGUACCUCCGCUUUAUCGAGUCCAAGCUAGAAAGCAGAUCCAUUAUUUUUAUAGCGAUCAAGAAUUAGAAACCUAUUUGAAAGACCACCCCCGCGAAGAACGAAAAAUUGAGCGGAUUAAAGGUUUGGGGCAGAUAGACGCUUCGGAAUUAUUUGAAAGCACAAUGGACCCUGAAAGACGACACGAACAAAUAAUCCGGGGAUUGAUGGGAACCAAGAGCGACAAACGUAAAGAGUACUUGGAGAAACGGAGUUACCGAGAAGCCACUUUGAUUAUUAGUGAAGAUCAAAAGAUUGAUAUGAGCCACUUGGCCUUGGUUAACUUUCUUCGCUAUGCGUAUGCCGUAGUCGAAGACCGGGCUUUACCGAAUGUUCAUGACGGAUUAAAACCUGUGCAGCGUCGAAUACUUUUUGCUCUCUAUCAACUAGGAAUUACUCCUAACAAAGCUGAAACAACUUCGGCUAAUAUUGUAGGUAAAACUAUGUCCGAUUGGCACCCUCACGGUGACCAGGGUAUUUACAACGCCAUGACGAACAUGGUGCGGUCCGACAAACUUCGUUAUCCAUUAGUUUAUGGACGGGGUAAUUUUGGUUAUGAUAAAAAUCCCCCGGCAGCCAUGCGUAAAGAAGAACCAGUUACUUUGCCAACUAGCCUACCCAAUUUGCUAUUAAACGGUUCUAGUGGCAUUGCGGUCGGAAUGACUGCUAACCUUCCUCCUCAUCAUUUAGGGGAAACUUUAACCGCCACUAUCAACCUAAUUAGCAAUCCCGAUUUAAUUUCUAUUCAGAAAUUACAGGCAGAUUUACAGAGUAAGAAUCAGCAAAUCGUUGCUACCGAUUUUAAAAGGGAAGAAACAGAAAAUGUUGCGGCUAAGCAAUUAAUUGAAAUACAGUAUAACAAUCUAGUUGCUGAAAGAGAAAAGAUUGAAGAAAAUCUUCUCCAAUUAAAAAAGAAAAUUAACCAAGAAUUG